UAUUAAAUCAAAUCGACGAAACAAUCAAACCCAUAAACAGUUAAGCGAAAAUUCAAUUCACACCAAAAAGUCUUUCCUUCUCAAUUUUCCAUUUUCAUUUCCCCUAAAAUCUCAACUUAAUCUAUCUCUCCAAAUCUAGGGUUUUUGCUACUUGCUUCUAUUCAAGCUCGAUCGAUCAAGAAAUUCUAAACGAUCAUCGAGUUUUCAUGGAGGGAAUGGAAGAGACCAAGAAGUCUGAAGCACAUUUGACAUCUGCUGCAGCUUUUGUUGAAGGCGGAAUCCAAGAUGCAUGUGAUGAUGCUUGCAGUAUAUGCCUUGAAGCAUUCUGUGAUAGUGAUCCUUCAACUGUGACCAAUUGCAAGCAUGAGUUCCAUCUUCAAUGCAUUCUUGAAUGGUGUCAAAGAAGCUCCCAGUGCCCCAUGUGCUGGCAAUCUAUCAGCCUGAAAGAUCCUACAAGUCAAGAAUUGCUUGAGGCUGUUGAACGUGAGAGGAGUCUGAGGUUUAAUCCAUCUAGAAAUGCCACCAUAUUUCAUCAUCCAACUCUGGGGGAUUUUGAACUACAACAUUUGCCCAUGGGUGCAAAUGAUGCUGAACUGGAGGAGCGCAUAAUCCAGCACUUAGCUGCUGCUGCUGCAAUGGGGCGGCGUCAUAUUGCUAGAAGAGAUGGUCAAAGGAAUAGAUCAUCAGCUCAGGGUCGUCCACAGUUCUUAGUAUUUUCUAGUAAUGCCAAUUCACCUCAUGCUGGACCAAUUUCUUCCUCUCCAACUCAGAGAGGAGAAGGUGAGCCUGCUGGUGCAAUUGCAAUAACCCCUCCAUCUUCCACUCCCAUGAAUGUCGUGGAAGAAUCUUUACAACCUGUUAUACCACAAUCUUCUAAUGUCCAAGCUGAAUCGGCCUCUGCUUUAGCUUCUGGAUCUAGUCCUCUUGCUUCCACUCAACAUGACAAUACCUUGAAUAAUAGGAGAUCUCCUAAUCAGUCUUCUCCAAAUAGUCAAGACAGAGCAGGACCAUCAGAAUUGCAGUCAUUCUCAGAGUCUAUUAAAUCUAAACUCAAUGCAGUUUCAAUGAGAUACAAAGAAUCAAUUUCAAGGAGUACAAGGGGAUGGAAGGAGAGAUUUUUCUCUCGUAGCAAUACUAUGGCAGAUCUUGGCUCUGAGGUAAGAAGAGAGGUUAAUUCUGGAAUUGCAACAGUAUCACGGAUGAUGGAACAUCUUGAAACUGGUGAUAACAAUAGAAUCAGUACUUCUGUAUCGAACAGUGUGGAGGAUAGUUCAGCAGAACCGAACAACCACCGACAGAUAUCAGAGACUGUUGGUGGCAAUCCUAUGAGCGAUGCGAACACCAACAUGCAAGCUUCAUGUGCUGCAAGUUCUGUUUCAGAUCGAGUAUGAUUUUAGCAUUUCAUCAACUUAAAAGUGUUUAUUGGGAGAAAAUACAUGAUUCCAUUGAUGAGAUGUGUCCUCUUCAACCUAAUGGAUAAUCUUGCCAAAAGAACGACAUUGGCACAAUUUGAGAUCUGAUUCGUAAUAAAGAAGCCAGGGCAAAAAAGGUCUACUAUCACAAGGAUACCAGUAUAUGAUUGUAAAUUCAUGAGGAUAACCUUAUUUAUAGUUGCAAAUCACUGAACCUUGAAAAGAUGUUCCAAUAUAUUGACUACAGUAUUUUGAGCUGUGGAUAAUUUCCUUUAUUUUAAAAUUUCAUGACUCCACAUUUCAUUUCCACGCCUAAUA